UCAGGUGGUGGCUCCAAUCCCUUCCAGCACCUUGAAAAGAGCGCGGUUCUCCAGGAGGCUCGUCUGUUUAACGAGACUCCAAUCAACCCCCGAAAAUGUGCUCAUAUUCUGACCAAGAUAUUGUACCUGAUAAACCAGGGUGAGCACAUGGGAGCUACAGAAGCAACAGAAGCCUUCUUUGCUAUGACCAAGCUGUUCCAGUCAAAUGAUCCCACGCUGCGGAGGAUGUGCUACCUCACCAUAAAGGAGAUGGCCAGCAUUUCCGAGGACGUUAUCAUUGUCACCAGUAGUUUAACCAAAGACAUGACCGGGAAGGAGGACAGUUACAGAGGUCCAGCCGUAAGAGCGCUGUGUAAAAUCACAGAUAGCACCAUGCUGCAGGCCAUCGAACGCUACAUGAAACAGGCUAUCGUGGACAAGGUGCCUAGUGUAUCCAGCUCUGCACUGGUCUCCUCUCUGCACUUGUUGAAGACCAGUUUUGAUGUUGUGAAACGCUGGGUUAAUGAGGCCCAAGAAGCUGCAUCCAGUGAUAACAUCAUGGUGCAGUAUCACGCCCUUGGAUUGCUUUACCACGUGCGUAAAAAUGACCGCCUGUCCGUCAACAAGAUGCUGAGUAAAUUCAUGCGUCACGGGCUGAAGUCUCCUUUCGCUUACUGCAUGAUGAUCCGGGUGGCCAGCAAGCUGUUAGAAGAGGAGGAUGGAAACCGGGACAGUCCACUGUUUGAUUUCAUCGAGAGCUGCCUGAGAAACAAACAUGAAAUGGUCGUUUAUGAAGCUGCCUCCGCCAUUGUGAACCUUCCCUCCUGCACUGCUAAGGAGCUGGCACCCGCCGUGUCUGUAUUACAGCUCUUCUGCAGUUCUCCCAAAGCUGCCCUUCGCUAUGCGGCUGUCAGGACCCUUAACAAGGUGGCCAUGAAACACCCAUCAGCUGUAACUGCCUGUAACCUGGACCUGGAAAAUCUGGUAACAGACUCCAACCGCAGUAUCGCCACCUUGGCCAUUACCACACUGCUGAAGACUGGAAGCGAGAGCAGUAUUGACCGGCUCAUGAAACAAAUCUCAUCCUUCAUGUCAGAAAUCUCAGACGAAUUUAAGGUGGUUGUUGUACAGGCGAUCAGCGCUCUGUGUCACAAGUAUCCUCGCAAGCAUGCCGUCAUGAUGAACUUCUUGUUCUCCAUGCUUCGUGAAGAGGGUGGAUUUGAAUACAAACGGGCCAUAGUAGACUGUAUCAUCAGCAUCAUUGAGGAGAAUCCAGAGAGCAAAGAGACAGGGCUGUCACAUCUCUGUGAGUUCAUAGAGGAUUGUGAGUUCACUGUCCUGGCCACCCGCAUUCUUCACCUGCUGGGACAGGAGGGACCAAGGACUGCCAACCCGUCUAAGUACAUUCGGUUUAUCUACAAUCGGGUCAUCCUUGAGAAUGAGGAGGUUCGAGCGGGCGCUGUCAGUGCUCUAGCCAAAUUCGGUGCCCAAAACGAAGACGUGCUGCCCAGCAUCUUGGUACUAUUAAGAAGGUGUAUGAUGGAUGAUGACAAUGAAGUGAGGGACCGGUCAACAUUCUAUCUGACCAUCCUGGAACAAAGACAGAAAGCCCUCAACUCUACCUAUAUUCUAAAUGGGUUGACCGUGUCCAUCCCUGGGCUGGAACGGGCAUUACAGCAGUACACCCUGGAGCCUUCAGAGAAGCCAUUUGACCUCAAAUCUGUGCCACUAGCCACAGCAGCAAUGACAGAGCAGCGAACAGAAAAUGUGCCUGCUGCAACAGUAAAACAGCCAGAGAAAGUGGUGUCCUCAAGACAAGAGAUAUUCCAAGAGCAACUUGCAGCUGUGCCAGAAUUUAAAAACCUUGGACCAUUGUUUAAGUCUUCUGCGGAACCCGUCGCUCUCACAGAAUCUGAGACUGAAUAUGUGGUUCGCUGUACAAAACACACUUUUGCUAAUCACUUAGUUUUCCAGUUUGAUUGUACCAACACACUGAACGACCAGAUCCUGGAGAACGUCACGGUACAGAUGGAGCCCACAGAGGGAUAUGAGGUCCUUUGUUACAUCCCUGUAAAGACUUUGUCCUACAACCAGCCGGGAACAUGUUACACUCUGACCUCUAUUCCUGAGGAUGACCCAUCCGCAUAUUCCUGUACAUUCAGUUGCAUGCUGAAGUUCACAGUGAAGGAUUGUGACCCCAAUACAGGAGAGGCUGAUGAAGAGGGAUAUGAUGAUGAGUAUGUGCUUGAAGACAUUGAAGUGACAGUUGUAGACCACAUACAGAAGGUUCUAAAGCCCAACUUUGGUGCUGCUUGGGAGGAGGUGGGAGACGAUUUUGAAAAGGAAGAAAAACUUUCAACUUAUCCACCAUCAAAUCGCUAGAGGAUGCAGUAGGAAACGUGAUCAAAUUCCUGGGGAUGCAGCCCUGCGAGAGGUCGGAUAAAGUACCAGAAAACAAAAAUGCGCACUCGUUGUACCUGGCAGGUGUGUUUCGAGGAGGCCAUGACAUUUUAGUACGUGCAAAGUUGGUUCUGACAGAUACUGUAACAAUGCAGGUCACAGCCCGCAGCAAAGAGGAGUAUCCAGUAGAUGCCAUCAUGGCAUCCGUCGGUUAA